UUCCAAAGUCAAGUUUGGCGAUGGUAGCACCCACCUGCGCUACAUCAACGCCGGUUGUUCGCGUCAAGUCACGCAGAAGACGCUUAUGAUCAGGAGCAGUCAAUACAACCUCGCGUUCUGCCCUCCCGAGCGCGUCGAUCAGCAGCUAGACUAUAUUUGCAAGAUGGGCAGGCAAUACAUUGCGAGAUGGCGGAACCCGUUUGCAACCGCUGCUUGGUUGCAGAUCACAUUUGUCCGCUGUCACCCCUUCGACGAUGGCAAUGGGCGGAUGUCGAGACUGGUCUCUUCAAUCCCCCUACUUCGCCACCGCUUCCCGCCCCUCUGCCUCGACCCCGCGGGCCGACAAGGGUACUACGAUAGCAUGAACAUCGCUUGGGAAGGCGACUUUGUGCCCUUGAUGAACUGUUUUGUCACCUCCAUGACGACAUCUCUCGAAGACGUGACGAGGAUUGUCUGAUCCUCACCGAUCGCUCUCCCUCUCCCUCCCCUUCCCAUCCGUCGCGUGUGAGGCUCGAUGUGUCGAUGUUCGAUAUUCGGUUUUUCCGGAAGUUUCAGUGUCCUGUGUUUUUUGUUUUUUUAAUGUGUUUUGCAUUUUUAAAGAAAACACAUAUAUCAUGAUACUAGUUUCGUCAUCUUAUCAUCUUUUUACCCCGAGACAGAUACCCUUGUAACAAACCCUUUUAUACGGAUACUAACGCUUCCCCCCCCCCUUCCCCCCUUUUUUUCUGUUUCGAAUACCUUGUAAUCUUAGUAGCCCUGACUGACUG